UGGUCGAUAUUGUGAGGUAAUAUCUAUAGUUGAGCUAGGGCUAGUUUACUGCUUUACGUGGACGGAUAUGAUUGUGCACCUUCGAAAAAAACAUUUUGCAGACUCUAUAAACAGUUGACAGUUAAAUAUAUUUUAAUGAAAUGGUUGGAUAUUUCACAAGAAACAACAAAUUAUGGAUUUAUAUAAAAGCUGUACAAAUUCAAUUCAACAUUGAUAUUCUUAAAAAUGGCAUUCUAUGCUAGAAAUGAGUAUCUUGAAAACCAUCUGGAUUAUGGCUCUGACAACAAAUGGGAUAAUGCUGACAUGAAACGAAGACAUGACUUUCACUCAAGUAGUUUUGAACAACAAUCUGAGGGUUCCUAUUCAGGAGGUUAUCAUGGAGAAUAUUGGAAAAGGCCACAAGAUGAUAGAUUUCAUGAGGAAAUUCCCAUGGACACAAUGCUUGUUCCAGACUAUGAGCAAGAAAACAGUGUCUACAUCAGUCAUAGAAAGUAUGGUCAGCAUAAUGACUCAUACUCAGGUGAUGACAGUUUGUCAAGAGAUAUGUCAUAUGAGAAUAGAUUUCCAAAGGGAAGGUCACCUGAGGACAGAUUCCCAAGGGCCAAGGUCACCAGAGAGCAGAGAUCUGAGGAAAAGGUCACCAAAGGACAGAAACCCAAGGGCAAGGUCACCAGAAGAUAGGGUUUCAAGGAGAAGGUUGUCAGGAAAUAGAAUCCUUAUGGAAAGAUCAUCAGAUAAUAGAUUUCAAGACAAUCAGGUAGAUUACUAUGAAGGAAUUGACAAUAUUGGGUUUCUAAGGACUGAUGAUUCUGACCUUCAAAUUGAGCAGGAAGUUCCUGGUGUAAGAUACAGAAGGAGUGCAUGUAAUUUGGACUUCUCAGAUGGUACAAAGACAAGGAUUUUUCGAAGGAAAAGUAAAAGAUUUCUUGCAUCAGUACAUGGCAAUGAUGAUAUAAGCACUCAGGAGGAAGCAACUGUAUUUGACUUACCAAGCAACCAGCAGUUAGAGAAACAAGCACUCCGCAACAAAUUAACAUUACUACGUGAACAAAAGACAUUGCAUGAUGUUGUAUCAGUGUACAAAGAUAAGAUUGUUGGAGAACCGGUGGUUAAAGCAACAGGAUUUAAAUCCUGGAAUCACAGACAAAAACAGUCAUGGCAAAGAUUCAAACUACAGGCAAAGAGUUGGAUCUACCAAUUGGAGCCUUGGGCUGGAUCAUUAAAGGAAGUGGAAGGUCAAUUUGGUACUGCCAUCAUGGGAUAUUUCCGGUUCGUUCGAUGGCUCAUGUUCCUGAACAUGUACAUCUGUCUUGUGAACAUCUGCCUGACCCUGGUGCCCUACUUUGCCUUGUAUAAAUCUCCGAAGACUUUCUCCUCCUCAUUGGUAGGACAGAAUGUGACACAUUUUCAGGCUGAAGCUGCCAACUGUACCGAGAACUACAAGGAGGAACUCAGUGUCUCAAAUUCCUUGGAUUCUAAUGGUUUUGGAGUCGUUCUACAUUUAUUACAGGGAACGGGCUGGAUGGAGGACACAGUGCUGUUUUAUGGAGCCUUCUUUAACAAGACAUACCAUAAUCCCUUUAACAGUAACAAGGAGACCUACCACAUGGGCCUCUCAUACCUCCUUGCCACUGGUAUAUCCUUCAUCAUCAGCUUCUUCGUCAUUGUCAAAAACUCCUCAAAGGGACUGAAGGACACAGCAGGGAUUCAAGGAGCUAUGAUGGCCAUGUAUUCUAAUAAAGUGUUAACAGGCUGGGACUUCUGUAUAUCACAGGCCAAGGCUGCUAAAACCAAGCACAGCAACAUCAGUGGGGAACUCAAGAAAGACUUGGAAAUUCAGCGGUUUAUGUGGAAGAUGGAGAGUCGAACAACAGGUGACAAAAUCAAGCUGUAUCUGUUACGAACAGUCAUCAACAUUCUGAUGUUUUUCCUGCUCGGAGGAUCACUGUAUCUGAUCUAUUUAUCCUUCUCCCAACUUCUCACACUACAAAAGGAGUUCACAGACUUUAAUCAAGCAGUCCAGUUUGUUAUUGAGUACAUCCCCUCCGUGACAAUCACACUCCUCAAUAUCAUCAUACCGAUCAUCUUCAAGAAAGUUGUCGUUCUAGAGGAUUAUACACCUUCAUUUGAGAUGAUCAUGACUCUACUCAGAACAAUCCUACUGCGGCUGUCCUCCCUGGGUGUGUUGAUGAUAUCUAUCUAUCAGCUGCUACAGACAGAGAAUCCACAGUUUGAGUACAUGUGUGGUAACAAGAGAUGGACAUCGAGCUUAGUAAUGUCCAACUCUUCUAACACCUCCACCAAUGUCCCUGGCAGUAUCAUCAAGUGUUGGGAGACUUACGUUGGACAGCAGAUCUAUAAAUUGGUUAUACUGGACUUCCUUGUUCUCAUCAUUGUCACAUUUGUCAUCGAGUUACCCAGAAGGCUUGUCUACAACACAUUUGGUAAGAAGUUCAAACUGAUCAACAUGGUGGGCUUGCCUGAAGUAGAUCUUCCAAAGGUGGUUCUAGAUAUUGUUUAUGCCCAAACUCUUUGUUGGAUGGGUCUGUUCUUCAGCCCUUUGAUACCAUUCAUGUGUUUCCUCAAGUGUUUUAUUGUGUUUUAUGUUAAAAAGUUCACCCUUUUGAACAACCAUGUGGCUCCCUCUCGUCCAUACAGAACAACACGUUCUAAUUCACUCUUCAUUGGCAUGCUCUUCAUAUCCUUCCUGAUGGCCGCCAUCCCCAUCACCUACAUGGUUGGCAAUUUUAACCCAUCCCAGAGCUGUGGUCCAUUCCGUGUCUACACCACCAACGAUACUGUAUUCUUUGACACUGUGGCACAUGUUAUCUUGGAAUGGCCCAAUGAGGCUCAGGACGUGUUUUUCUUCCUUGGAAAGAUCGAUUUCUUUAUACCAGCAAUUUUAGUGAUGUGCUUGAUAAUGUACUACUACUGGGCUGUAAAAGAAGGACUGACAAAGAUGGAGAAAAUGCUACAGGAACAGUUGAAGUUGGAGGGACGUGACAAGCAGUUUCUCUUGGCAAGGGUCAAUGAGAUAGUGCAGCACAUGGAUACAGGUGGCACCACCAUUGGAUGAGUGGGACAUCAAAUGGACUUAGGUAUGUGCCAUCAUUUGAUGAAUAGGACAUCAGAUGGACAUAGGUGGCACCACCAGUGGAUUAGUGGGACAUCAAAUGGACAUAGUUGGCGCUUCCAUUGGAUGAGUGGGACAUCAAAUGGAUAUAGGUGGUGCUACCAUUAAAUGAGAGAGACACCAAAUGGACAUAUGUGGCACCACCAGUAGAUGAGUGGGACAUCAAAUGGACAUAGGUGCCACCACCAGUAGAUGAGUGGGACAUCAAAUGGACAUAGGUGGCACCACCAGUAGAUGAGUGGGACAUCAAAUGGACAUAUGUGGCGCUUCCAUUGGAUGAGUGGGACAUCAAAUGGAUAUAGGUGGUGCUACAAUUAAAUGAGAGAGACAUCAAAUGGACAUAGGUGGCACCACCAGUAGAUGAGUGGGACAUCAAAUGGACAUAGGUGGCACCACCAGUAGAUGAGUGGGACAUCAAAUGGACAUAGGUGGCACCACCAAUAGAUGAGUGGGACAUCAAAUGGACAUAGGUGGCACCACCAGUAGAUGAGUGGGACAUCAAAUGGACAUAUGUGGCGCUUCCAUUGGAUGAGUGGGACAUCAAAUGGACAUAGGUGGCACUACCAUUGGAUGAGAUGGACAUAGCUGGCACCACCAGUAGGUGACAUCAAAUGGACAUAGGUGGCACCACCAGUUAAUGAGUGGGACGUCAAAUGGACAUAGGUGGCACCACCAGUAGAUGAGUGGGACAUCAAAUGGACAUAGGUGGCACCACCAGUAGAUGAGUGGGACAUCAAAUGGACAUAGGUGGCACCACCAGUAGAUGAGUGGGACAUCAAAUGGACAUAGGUGGCACUACCAUUGGAUGAAUUGGACAUAGCUGGCACCACCAGUAGAUGACAUCAAAUGGACAUAGGUGGCACCACCAGUUAAUGAGUGGGACGUCAAAUGGACAUAGGUGGCACUACCAUUGGAUGAGAUGGACAUAGCUGGCACCACCAGUAGAUGACAUCAAAUGGACAUAGGUGGCACCACCAGUUAAUGAGUGGGACAUCAAAUGGACAUAGGUGGCACUACCAUUGGAUGAGAUGGACAUAGUUGGCACCACCAGUAGAUGAGUGGGACAUCAAAUGGACAUAGGUGGCACUACCAUUGGAUGAGAUGGACAUAGUUGGCACCACCAGUAGAUGAGUGGGACAUCAAAUGGACAUAGGUGGCACUACCAUUGGAUGAGAUGGACAUAGUUGGCACCACCAGUUAAUGAGUGGGACAUCAAAUGGACAUAGUUGGCACCACCAGUUAAUGAGUGGGACAUCAAAUGGACAUAGGUGGCACCACCAGUUAAUGAGUGGGACAUCAAAUGGACAUAGGUGGCACUACCAUUGGAUGAGAUGGACAUAGUUGGCACCACCAGUAGAUGACAUAAAAUGGACAUAAGUGGCACCACCAUUGGAUGAGUGGGACAUCAAAUGAACAUAAGUGGCACCACCAUUGGAUAUAAAGGACAUUAACAUUAUAAUUAUGAAGAUCUGAAACACAAUCUGAUAUAUGGGUAUACCUGCUGAGAGAUAGGGUUACCACACAGGGAUUUAAAGUGGCAGUCUAUGAUGACUUGUACAGUUGGCUUUGUGACAAAUUGUAAAAUAAGGAGGUGAUUAAAGAUCAAUCAGGAUAUAAUAUUUAAUUUCAUCAGAAUGGAUCAAAUGUUCUAUUUGCUGUGUAGUGCAAUAGAAAAAAUCAUGACUAGGCGAAGAAGGAGAUUCUAUUAAAAGUUUGUAGACUCCAGAAUAUAUCUCGGUAUAGUAAGGAUCCUGGAUCCCAUACAUAAUUUUCUAAAAUGAUCCUUGGAUAAAAAGAGUACAUGUACAUAUAGGUUACGUACCCUAAUAUUUUUCUAUAUCUAUUUUAAAAAAGACUUCUUUUGCCUGAGGAAUAGUGAAGAAGUAAUUAGGUAUCCAGAAAAAAUAUGAAGGAUUAUUUUGUGUAAAAUUUGAAUAAGUUUAAUCAUGCAUUGCAUUACAUAGUUGUUUAAACAUUCUCUCCAUACCUGGUGUAGCCUGUGUGGGUAGUACAAUGUAUCUUCUUACUUAGGUAAGUACAUAUAUAGGAUUGUAUACAAGUUUGGUGUUGUUGUGUUUUUUUGUUUUAAUAUUUAUUUAUAAAUAACCAGAUAGAACUUAAUAGAAAGUCAUGAAACCACAGAUCUUAAUAGGAAUUUAUCCAUUUUUUUUCUUUUGUUUCAUGUGACCAUAACUGUGAUUAAUAAGAAAUACAAGAAAGAAUACACUUACUAACCUAAAGUAUUAUAAUUAAGUGUACUUGUAUAUUAUAGCUAAUCUUUCUUAUUUUAUGAGGAUGCAUUAUGGUAUACAGGGUCAACUGGACUUAGUACAUCUGUAGUUUCCAACAAUUUAUACAGUAUUAUAUAAUGCACAUACAAAAUAUAAUGAAGCUGUUCCAGGCAUGUUACAUUUUGUAAACAGACGUAUUUCAACCCUUCUGAUUGAGGCAUAAAUGGAUAUAAAUUUUGCUGGAAUAAUUUGACAGUUGUUAUAAUAUUAUCAUUAUGUUGCUGAUUUUUUUAAUAAAACAUUAAGAGCAAUGAACCAUUUUUUAAUGAU